AUGUUGUUGUUCAUUGUAUAUCUAUUGACAAAGAGACCUUUUAAACCAAGACAUACUGAUGCUUUGUCAAAGGCUGAAGAGGAGGAGUUGCUGCGUGAGUGGCGACCCAUACCUUUGGCACCAAAGUUGACGCCAAUGAUGAUCAGAAACUCAAAGAACAACAUCACCAUCACCGAGGCAUCCAACGCCACCCACGUCACUGUCAAUGGCCAAGAGAACGUGCUCAACCUUGCUCGCUCAAACUAUCUAGGUUUCAUUGGUAACUCAGAGAUACAGGCUGACGCAGAGAAGACUAUUAGAAAGUAUGGUGUUGGCGCUUGUGGACCCAGAGGAUUCUACGGAACGAUCGAUGUUCAUCUUGAUCUUGAGAAGCGUCUGGGCGAGUUCCUCAAGUACCCAUGCCCAGCCAUUCUGUACUCGUCGGGCUACGCGACAGUCUCGACAACCAUCCCCUCGUUCUCCAAGAUUGGCGAUAUCAUCAUCGCAGACAAGUGCAUCUCGCAGCCCAUCCAGGUCGGCUUGGCGCUGUCACGUAGUCGUCUGCACUACUUCAACCACAACGACAUCAAGGACUUGACACGUGUGCUCGAACAGACUCAGACGCACGGCGAGAAGGGAAAGAUCACAAGGAAGUUCGUCGUCCUGGAGGGUAUCUAUUACAACACAGGUGACCUGUGCAUCCUGCCACAGAUCAUGGCGCUCAAGGACAAGUACAAGUUCAGAAUCAUCAUUGAUGAAUCACACUCGAUAGGUGUUCUUGGCAAGACUGGACGUGGAAUCACCGAGCACUUUGGUAUCAAUCAAAACGAUAUUGAGAUCACAACUGCAAGCUUGGCCAACUCAUUCUCAUCAGGAGGUGGAUUCUGUGUUGGUGACGAGAAGGUCGUCACUCAUCAGAGACUCAACUGCGUCGGCUACGUGUUCUCCGCCUCGCUCCCACCAUUCUUGGCCACAUCGGCUACAAAGGCCAUCGACUUGCUGGAAAGGGACCCGGCCCUACUGACCAAGCUUUCAAACAACAUUGAGUUUAUCUUCAAGCAACUGCAGGACAUCAACGGCCUGCAGCUGUUUGGUUCGCCACUGUCGCCCGUGCUGCAUCUGCGCGUGCAGGCCACCCACUCGACAGGCAAUCGCGACCAGGAUGAAGACCUUCUCGAGCAGAUCGUCGUCGAGUCACUCAACAAGGGUCUGCUGAUCACUCGCGCCAAGUACGUCGACACUGAGAAGUUCUUGCCAGAGCCAUCGAUUCGUCUCUGUGUCAACGCCGCGCUCACCCAAGAUCACAUGCGCUUCGCAGCGUCCACCAUCAAGGAGGUGGCCAGCAAAGUGUUUACAAAGUAG